AGACAAUAAGUCUGAGAAACACUCCCUAAACAAAGUUAAUUUUAGGCAGGCCGUUUAUCUUCAACAGACUUUGUUUUAUCAGUCGGAUUAACCCAAUAUAUUAUAUAUAUAUAUAUACAUCCACCGUCGUCACCGGGGACAAUUCCGGCGACGUACGGCUCUGCACUGUUAAUCAUCAGUUGGCAUCAAAAGUACUUUAAAGUUGGCAAACUGUAUAAUGAAUUGUAUGCGGAAGCUUGUUUCGUGUGUGAUUCUCGACUUGGACGGAACGCUUGUUAAUACGGAUGGAAUUGUGAGUGAAGUUUUAAAAGUUUACUUGGUUAAGUAUGAGAAGAAAUGGGAUGGGAGAGAGGCUCUGAAGAUUAUUGGCAAAACGCCUAUAGAAGCUGCAUCUGCUAUUGUGGAGGACUAUGGGCUUCCUUUGUCAAAAGAAGACUUGCUAUCAGAAAUUACCCCGAUGUUCUCUGAUCAAUGGUGCAAACUUAAAGCACUACCUGGUGCCUAUCGUUUGAUUAAACAUUUGAAGGGGCAUGGAGUGAAAAUGGCGUUGGCUUCUAACUCUCCAAGAGAAAGCAUCGAAACAAAGAUUAGCUAUCAUCCGACUUGGAAAGGGUCCUUCUCAUCCAUUAUUGCUGGUGAUGAAGUAAAAGCAGGAAAACCAUCGCCUGAAAUAUUCCUGGAAGCAGCUAAGAGGCUAAAUGUUGAUCCAUCUAAGUGUCUUGUCAUCGAAGAUUCACUACCUGGUAUUGCUGCUGCUAAAGCUGCAGAAAUGGAAGUGGUUGCUGUGCCAUCUCUUCCAAAGCAGUCUCAUCUAUACACUGCAGCGGACGAGGUGAUCAACUCACUUCUUGACCUACAUCCUGAAAAGUGGGGCCUCCCUCCAUUUGAAGAUUGGAUUGAUGGUACGUUACCGAUAGAACCUUGGCAUAUUGGUGGUCCCGUCAUUAAAGGUUAUGGCCGUGGUUCGAAGAUGCUUGGAAUACCAACAGCUAAUCUAUCAGUGGAAGGCUAUGCAAGUGUCCUUUCUGAACAUCCUGCGGGUGUAUAUUUUGGUUGGGCCAAAUUAUCAACCCGUGGUUUUUACAAGAUGGUUAUGAGCAUUGGUUGGAACCCAUACUUCAAUAACACCGAGAAGACAAUAGAACCUUGGCUGCUUCAUAAGUUUGAUGAAGAUUUCUAUGGUGAGGAAUUACAUCUUGUUAUUGUUGGCUAUAUUCGACCCGAGGCCAACUUCCCCUCACUCGAAAGCCUUGUUGCAAAAAUCCACGAAGACGGUAAAAUUGCAGAGAAUGCACUUGCUCUUCCUUCAUACGCCAAGUACAAGGACGAGACAUACUUCAAAAGCAUUGCCCUAGGUCACAACAGUCAUUUGUGAGAUGGAUUUAUUCGUGUUCAGAGAUUGUCUGAACAAAUACUCUGAUUAUAAGCAGACAAGGAUCUACCCAUUUAAGAUUUGAUGCUGGGUUACAAACUUAGUAAUAAAUGUAAUCCAGGCAGUUAUUAAUCAACUACCAAGAACAAAGUUUUGUUUGAACUAGUCACUCGUCCUCUUACAAAUUUAAAGUUCUAUUGUAUUUUUUGUACCAUUUUUUUCUUGUUAUCAUCUUAUUUCCUUCCAUAUUAACUUUAUGAGAAUGUAAUUACCUUAACACUCAUUGCUGUUAUUAUAGUCACUGUACUUCAAAAAACUUGCAUGUUAGAGUAAUUCAGCUUUUAAACCUUUCUUUA